AUGGGAUUCAAAGUGAACAAAAAAUUUGCAGAUCAUUAUGACUCGUACAGACGAAAAGAGACAUUACAGCGCUUCAAAGACCGCUUUGGGUCAUCAGAUGAAGAAUCAACUUCCGAGGAAGAAGAGGAAGACCCGCAGUUCACCAAAAAAUCUACUCUUGGCUUUUUAAAAACGCUGGAUGCGUUGAAACGAAACGACCCGUCGAUUUACGAUUCCAAAACGAAAUUUUAUGAAACUGAUUCUGAAGAGGAUGAAAACGAAAAGACGAAAACAGAGAAAUCCUUGACUUUGAAAGAUUACGAAAGAAAUGUGGUGCUGAAGAAGGGCGGAAUCGUCGAUGAAGAAGCUGAAGAAAUGGAAGAAUUGACCAGACCGUCUACGAGUGGGAAAUCGCAUAAGGAAGAACAAGAAGAAAUCAAGUCCGAAUUCGCAAAACUCGCCGAGUCCGAUUCUGGCUCCGAUUCCGAGGAUGAAAUCUUUUCGAAGAAAGCGAUCAAGUCCGGCGUCGCGACAGAAAAGGACAUUGACUGGGAUUUGCUGGCGAAUAAGAACUUGGACGAAAAGGAAAAGUUUGUCAAGCAGUAUUUGAUGAAUGCGGCUUGGAAUGAAGAUGAAUCUGAUCAAGAUUAUUCUUCUGGAGAAGAACUUGUCGCGCUGAAAUACCACAAAGAAAACGGCAAAGCAGCUCAAGAAUCGUCCGAGGAGGAAGAAAGCGACGGAGAAGACCUCUUUUCGUCGAGAAAACUUGAAACAGACGAAGUCAAAGAAUCUGUCGACGUUUUGAAAACGAAGUUUGAGCGAGAAGAAUCGAGGGAACCAAAAGCUUACCCGAGAAAUGGUGUUCCUGACAGCUUGCGACAGGAUACGAAGUCAGAAGCAAAAGCAAAGAAACGACAGGAAAAGAAAGAACGCAAAAUGAAGAAAGAAAAGGAAUACAAAGAAAAUAUGGCUAGAAUGAAACACAUCAAAGAAGAAGAACUCAUGGCGAAAAUGGAAGAGCUCAAGUCCGCGCUUGGAGUGUCCGAUAUCGACAUCGAUCCGAGCUUGUUGAAGGGCGAUUUUGACCCGGACAAGCACGAAGAACUCGUGGAAAAGCUAGCUGCGAAUUUAGGAGAAGACGAAUUCGACGAAAAUGGAGAGCUCAUAAAGCCGGUCUUUUCCGACCUGGAAGAAUGGGAAGAAGAACAGGCAGAAACAAAACGAAAAGCGAAAAAGGAACGAAAGCAGAAAAAGAAGCGCGGUGGCCGUGGACGAAUUCGCGAGACAGAUGAUUACGAAGAAGCGAAAGAAAAGUUCCCCGAAAUUGCCAAAGAAAUCGACGAGCUGGACUAUCAAGUUGAUAUGGUCGGCGACACUGCCUGCAAGUUUAGAUAUCGGGAGGUUGACAAGGAAGAUUAUGGACUAACAGCUGAUGAGCUACUGAAUGCUACAGAUGCAGAGCUGAAUCAGUGGGUCGGUUUGAAGAGAGUCACUCAAUGGAAAGACGAUGGAUUUACGAAGAACAAAUUCUGGACGAACCCGAAAAAGAUCGAAGCGAAAAAGAAACAGAUCUUCAAAAGUAUUUAUGGGGACGAAUACGAGGUUGAAAAGGCCCAGGAGCCGAAGAAGAAUCGAAAGAUUAAUUCGAAACGGCGAAGAAAGCUGAAGGAAAGACAGCUUUUGGAAGAAGGCGAGGACCAGGAAGAAAAGAGCGAAGAAGAGCCGGCGCAGGAAGUUGAAAAGAAGGAGAAGAAGAUAAAGAAGAAGCGAAAGCACAAGGGACAGUUGGACAAUAUCACCGACGAUCGAUUCAGCUCCUACGGACUGACGAAAGACGAGAUCAAAAAGAUCAAAUAUGAUCCUGAAAAUGCCCUCAAAUACAAAACAUAA